AUGUCGCCCACCUCUUCGCCACUGCUUAGCAAAGCCUCUCGUCAGCAGCCAAAAGCGCUGAGAUUUGAAAACCAAGCCCACGGCUUUGUCAGCUCCAAUCCUCUCAUUUCACGAUGUACUAUCAGAUUCAAAAGCCAUGCCGUUUUCUAUCUCACCCUUAAAGAAGGAGGCUUGCCCUUCUGGCAUCCUACCGGUCUCCCAUACCCAAGCGGAUCUCUGUGCAUUCUCAUGGCGACCAACGGCGGCGACCAGACACCCCGUCACCACGGCCCACACGGCCAUCAUCUCCGGAAGCUCCUACAUCCCAGUGGGAAGCGCAUACACAUUGCGGCUACACCGGAUGAGCACGAUAGGCUGAGAAAGACUCUCGGGCAUGCUGAGCCGGACGAAAACUUCGAUGUUUACAUCCAUGGCUCCAAAGAGCACAAAGACAUCGUACGAGAGAUACACGACCAUCACGAGCAGCGACGGCACCACCUCCGUACGAAACACGGCGAGGUCUACGAUGAGUUUGAGCAUGUCAGAGAUCAGCUAGACAUCCUCUCGGAAGAGAUGCAUAUGCUCACAGAUCAUGGCGUGUCACUCGACGCCAAUUUCUCCAAAUUUGGCUACGAUGCUCGCAUACGCACGCGAGAUCCAGGUUCUGAUACCAGCUCCAUGGUCUCGUCCGAGAAGCGCGACUGGGAUGCCGAGCGCAAGAAGGGCACGGCUAUAAAGUUCUGGAGAAAGCCCGUAGUGAGACAGUAUUUCCACAAAGGACUCUUGUGGCGAGCCUCACAGGUAGAGGAAGUGGCAUCGUUUGAGCUCUUCGUGGAUUUGCUCUAUGUUGGUAUCAUUGCGGUCAUUGGUGAUACUGCAGCGGAAGACCCUACCGCUUUUGGCCUCCUUAGAUUCGCCAUUACCUUCAUCCUAGGCUGGAAGAUGUGGAGUGAUAUCACCGUCAUAAUCAGCUGGUUCGAGGUUGACGACAUCUUCCAACGGAUCUGUAUCCUCUUCGUCAUGAUCACACUCUUCGGCUUCACGCUCAACAUAGUCGAAGCUUUUGAAACGACGUGGAUCAUGAUGAUCAGCUUUUACUUGGCUUCGCGCUUCUUUGGGGCCGUCUACUAUUUCUGGAUGGGCUACAUGCUUCCCAUGAUCAGGGGUCACAUGUUCGUCAAUGCCUUCCUAGUCCUGAUCCCUGGUGCGCUCUGGAUAGCUAGUAUUCAAGUAGAAUAUCCGUCUCGCCUUGCCUUGAUCUGGCCUGCGAUCGUCCUGGAUCUGUUCGGCGCCGUCGUCGUGAUAGUGCUGAAGCGCCGCUACAUCGACAAACCAGACGACGACAAGGGUCAGUUGGCUUGCCAAUUGACACGCUGGUUUGAGUUCAUGCCGGCAACGAACAUUGAGCACAAGACAGAGCGUACGAAUGCUUUCGUCACGCUAGUCUUCGGCUACUCUGUCGUCGCCUUACUGUUCCAGAACCGAGCAGAAUUCGGUAUCAAUGCAUUCUUCGGCAAAGCCAUUCUGGGCCUCAUCCAAGCCUUCGCAUUCAAUUGGUUGUACUUCGAGAUUGAUGCUUGGGAUCUCCACACGCACGCUAUUCGACGGCACGUCGUGUCAUCUAUUGCUUGGAUUUUCGCCCAUCUCCCCUUCAUCAUGGCCUAUGUCCUGGCUGGGGCCUCCCUUUCUCGUCUUGUCCUUGCAACAGACUGCGAAGAUGCUGACGCCGAAAACCUUGUCGAGAGCUGGGCUGCACGUGCUGAGCAUACCCAUGAAAUACCCAUCGGUCUGAGGUGGUUUUACUGCGUUGGUCUUGGCGUAGCACUUAUCUCCAUGAGCGCGAUCAGUCUAGCUCACGUACAUAAAACCUUCGAAGGGCAAAGACUGAAGAAGAUGUACCGCUUACCUGUUCGCGUCUCUAUUGCUAUCGUGAUCAUCUGCUUACCACUGGCUGAAGAUCGCUUGAGCUCAUUAGGACUCGUCGCGACGACGACGUGCUUAGUGGUCUUUGUGCUUGCGAUGGACGUGUAUGGGGCUACAGACAGCAAUGACCCUUUCUGGAGGUGCCAGAAAUCCUGCCAAUACUCGGCGGAAUUGGCCAUUCAAAAGAAGGCGAUUGUUGAAGCGUUGAAAAGAGGGGAGACGGUGGAGCUAAAGAUGGAUGAAAAUGAAAAAGGAGAGAAGGUGCUCCAUGAAUCUUAA